AUGCCACAUCCUACACAAGACGACAGUCGUAUUUUGCGUACUUGGUCUGGUGAAUCUGCUUUAUCGUUAAGGCAGUCGACAUUGUGUAGGGGUAGGCUUGGCCCAGGACAUACCGAUGACUUUCUUGGGCAGAUUAUCCCAUCUCAGGGGUGUGAAGAGGAUGAAAGUGGCCAGGGGCUUCACUCGGUCUCAAAGACCUCCUCUGCUCUGGUACAUUUGACUUUGCGUGACUGUAGGAAGCAGGUGAUGUGCCGGUUUGGCGACUGUUUUGUGUUUGGGAUUUCGAGUCUGAUUCUGCCACCAGAAACGUCGGUAGAUUUCGGACAACAGGACACAAAGACUGGCUAUUUUGUGGCAUUUGUCGGUUCACGGAAAUGGGCAAGUAAGGCAGCGGAGGGAGGCUUAAAUGCGCGCCAGACGAAGCAGAAUGCAAUUCGGUGCAAUGCCAGCAAAGGGAUCUGA